AUGGAAGAAUCAGAACGAUCAGGUAUUCUCGUUCGUAACACUAAAUUGCCGCCGAGGAGGUCAUACAAAUAUUACCCAUUCGAAACAGGAAGCGGCUCUGGGAAGGAGGAGAUGAAAGAGGAGGUUGUACGACUAGGAGUUGAGUACUCACUACUUGUGUCCGAAACCAUGUUCUUGCUGUGUGAUGACAUCCGUACAGUGUUAUGGUUCUGCGCUACGUUAUGGAGAUGCUUGACUUCCAAGCAAACCCCUGAAAUACAGAAGCUGCUUCUUGUUAUGCACCAUGUCUACUCAGAUUACAUCAAACCAAAGAACGGUGUGUUUCACGACGACGGAAACUCGGUCCGGUGGGGAUUGGUCAGUAAAGCUUGGAAAGAAUUUACAGACGGGGUCGUAGUUUUGUACCUCCUUGUUUCGGUUCUUGAAAGAAACGAUUACUCUUACGAUGACCGAGUGUUAUCGUCAGCUAUCGCACAAUACAGGAGUAACGUGCUGAAGAAGCUAGAGGAUAAACUGAAGGAUGUCUCAGUUUCGGAGGCGAUGAAUGGGUUUGAGAGGGAGAGGAUAGAGUCUAAAGCCUCUGACAUUUGGAGGUCGCUCUUUGAUGAAGGCGAAGCACUAUCCAAAGUGAUGAGGAGAAAGAUUCUUAGCGACAUGUUCACGCCACUUUUGGACAACGAGAUCCAUAACGGGAUGAUGGCACUGCCCCGAAUAUCUCAUCCUUACAUUCUAGGUAAAGAUUUUGCAAAGGAUUUGCUGAAAGAGGAGAUUGUGAAACUAGGAGCUGAGAUGUGUCUCUUUGUAGCUGAGUCUAUGUUCUUGUUGUGUGACGAUAUCCGUAGUAUGUUAUGGUUCUGCUAUAAGUUAUGGGGAGAUGCAAGAAAAGACCGGAGCCCUGAUAGUCCUGUGGUGGAAAGGCUGCUUUGUGUUAUUCAUUAUGUCUACUCAGAACACAUGAUACCGAAGAAGGGAGUAUACCGGACAGAUGGGGAAGAAUCGGUCCAAUGGAGACUGAUCAAUGGGACUUGGAAGAGUUUUGAAACUGGAAUCAGAGAUGUGGAUAAACUUGUUAUGAAUCUCAGAGAUAGAGAAUACGGUUUAACUUUAAAGGGCCGAGAGUACACGUGUAGAAUCGAACAUGCCCUGAAGAAGGUAGCUGAGGAGUUGAAUCCCGGGAAACAUGUUUCAGAGGCGAAUGGGUUUGUGAGGGAAGCCAUGGAGUCUAGGAUCUUGGAAUUGUGGAAGUCUAUCUUUGACAAAGAUGCUAAGAAAGUGGUAAAGAUUGAGAUGUUUGGUGACCUGUUUCUCUCUGUGUGUACAGAACCACCACCUCAUUACCUCUACUAG